CGGAUAUUGGAACUGAUCGGCGUUUAGUACAUCAAAGCCGAAUCAGAAUAUGACGGCAAUCUUUUCCAAAGUGUAUAUUUAGAAGGGGGGCAUUCUAAGUUAGCUUUAGGAGAUAAAAGUCCUUCUCUAAACAGUACAAAACAGCUUAGAAGUGUAGCUACCCUAGGCAUCUAAAAUCACUGAAAUGUCAGAAUUUAAUCUUCCGCUUUCUAACAAGGUUGCUAUCGUGACCGGAGCAUCCAGGGGUAUUGGGAAAGGAAUCGCAGUGGAGCUCGCGCGCCGAGGAGCAACAGUAGUUUUGACCUACGUGUCUAAAGGCAGCGAGGACCUCGUUGAGGAAAUUCGCCGAACUAUUGAAUCUUUUCCGCACAAGCCUCGCGUUCACGCUUGUCGAGUUGACCUUAGUACCCUUGAAGGCCCCCAAAUUCUUAUUAACGACCUUCUCGCAUGGAGCGAGCAAAAUCUCAGGGUCGACAUACUCGUUAAUAACGCCGGUGUGGAAAAUUCGAGCACCCUAGCUGAGCUGACCGUUGACGAUUAUAAUACCGUCUACAACUUGAACGUGCGCGGUCCAUUGCUCUUGACUCAGGCCGUUCUACCUCACCUGAAUAGCCAUGGACGUAUUAUCAACAUCGGUUCCGUCGCCUCGAGAGGUGGCUUCAAGAAAUUUUGCCUCUACGGUUCUUCGAAGGCGGCACUGGAGGGUUUGACUCGGACAUGGGCCCAAGAGCUAGGUGGCAAUGGAACAACGGUCAACUGUGUAAAUCCAGGACCCGUCCAGAGCGACAUGCUAGACAAUAUCCCAAAAGAUCUCGUGGAACUCCAGAAGACUCUGACGGCGGUCGAAAACAGGAUAGGAACAGUUUCUGAAGUUGCAAAUAUAGUUGCGAGUUUGGCUGGCAAGGACGGGGAUUGGAUUACAGGCCAAACGAUCAGCGCCUCUGGAGGCUAUGCCAUGUAUUAGACUUACCAGUUGGGCAUUCCGAAUUCCUCGCGAGGACAGUUUAGCUGCUCAAUAUAUUUUAUCUUUUAGGUAAUUCAUGAAAUUUACUAUCAUUUAAUCCGUGCUUUUUAUCUCGAGGCGCUCGGAAUACAUGAUUAUCUGAUCUUGCCAUUAAUGAGUCAAUGAUAUGGGUCUGGGAGGAAUUGAACUAUCUUCUCCAAACCAGACAGGGUUAUUUUCGAAGUCUUUAGGUUGACGGGCGCUUGAUAUGGACAGAACUUUUGAAGGGGACUUCCGUAGUUAUGGUAAGGUCUGACUGUACCGCUUUUUUAUUUAUUUAGCGUAUCAUAUUUGGAGAUGUGGACGUUAUUCUGUCAUCUAUAGUUCCGUC